GGACUAAGCCCAUCUAAACAAGGCCGAACGCAGCCACUCUCGUGCCCUCCUGCCUCCGUCUCAACCGCCUUCCGCUUCCUUCAAAUCUUCCUUCUUAAAAGACGGUCUGCAUCUCUUCUCCGUCAAGUCAGCUUUCUACUUCUUUUCGACACACAGGAAUUCUAACCCUAAAUUGACACCAGGAAGAACAGUCGCUGUCCAGUCACAGAUACAUAACAGAAAGAAAAAAGAAAAACUUGUCAAUUAAGGAAGAGUAAGUUCCAUAAAUGGCAGGGAGAGGAUUCGGACGUGGAGGGAGGGGAUUCGGACGUGGUAUGGGCCAUCCACGGGCACCCCAAAAACCUGUUGAGCUCUUCCCUAAGCUGGAAGUUGGGUUACCUGAUAAAGAAGUCUUUGAUAUAGAGAGUAAGUCAGCAAUUCAGUUGGUACUUGGCAGUGUAAGGCUACGAAAUUAUUGGAGCUCUUCUCCUUAUUAUCUCGAGGAGACUUCCUCAAAGGAGCAAAGCACGGACAUAGAAAGAUUUUGUGACCGGGGGAAACCAAAGACUACAGGAAAGCGUGAUUCGAUAACUCAAUUCCUACAGCUUAAUUCUCAGAAUUUUCCCAGAGAACUUAUUGGAGGUUCAAACAGGGAACGACCUUCUAAAAGAGUACGGUGGAAUCCAGACACAGACCUGCAGAAGUUGGAUCUACUUGAACAAAUGGAACAGAAGAAUGAGGGCCAAGAGAAAGGUGAAAAGGAGAAGAAAGAAGGUGAAGAUGAAGGUGAUGAUGAUGAAGAUGCACAAGAAGCAGAGGAGGAAUUCAGUGAUGAUGGAGAUUAUAAUCAGGUUCCCACUGAAAACCUUGGAUGUGUAUUUCAGAUGAUGUUGCUCGAGUAUCAAGCUAUAACUUGGCAGUCAAAAACAGCAUGGACUUUUUACAUUAUGGGAAAUUUUGAUUUCGAUGAUGACGAAGAUGAUUUCAACAUGGAUGAUCGAGGUGAUGAUGAACCUUUUUAUUGACAUGUCAAGACUGUUCUCCAGUAUUCCGAAUGACUCGGUGCAAGUUUGCACAUACGGAAAUAUUUUCGAUGGUGGGUUUCUGCCAUACAAGGAAAUAUGUUCUCUUCUUCCUCUUACCAGUUUUGAACUGAAGGAUAUUUCCCCAUGACCCCCCCCCCCCCCUCAUUGUAAAUACAACCCAAGAAUUCUAAGGGCAAAAAGUUUCAGACUUUGUCAAGAAGGUUCCAUCAAUCUAUCAUAUCCUUUUUAUUUUACCAUGUGGAUUGGUUUCAGUCCAGCAAAUAUAGGUUGGUCCAACCCUUUUGCUC